AUGGCAUCGAAUCUAGUUGAAAAGACACCCAAUGAGCUUUGUGAGGCGACAAAAAAACCCACUUUAAUUGUUGCUCGUCCAACCAUUACCGUCCGAGAAGCUUUACGAAUGAUGGCCAAUCAUAAUAUUGUAUCUCUACCAAUUUAUUCCCACCAUUCAGACAAUAUCGUUACGAUCGUCAAUAUUGUCGAUAUUCUGAAUUACAUUAUUAAAGAAGCAGUAGCUGAUGAAAAAUUGCCAUCCUCAAUAAACAGCGAAAGAGCUCGUAAUUUAGAUAGUCAAAUCGAAGCU